ACACAACCGAAGCGAGUUUCUUGUCGCGCGGAUUAAACAAUGAGGAGCACGGAUUCGCCUCUAGCUGCUGCUGUCACUACACUUGCUGUGGCUCACAGCAAGAUGGGAGUGGGAAAGAAGAUCAGGAGGAUAUUUUCCUUCGGUAAGAAGAGAGGAGAAAAGCCGGCGAUCGAAGCUGCGAAUGUCGAUAAAUCAAAUACGUUCAGUGGCUCUAAGCCGAAGUCGACUUCCGUACUCUCCAUUCGGAAGUUCAGUUUCGGCUCCAAAGACAAAACCAAAAAGGACAGAGCCAAGAAAGGAGUGCCCCCGACUCCGGAACCCGCGACGACAUUAGCUGCAGCUGCUCCUGAAGUCACUACCGUUCCUCUGGCGGCUCCCGAGAUCGACGAUACCGUUCUCUCAGUCGAGGCGAACGGACCAGAUCAGCUCACCCAGCAAGCUGAGAAGGUUCCCGAAAACCUUCCCGGAGAGGUCGCAGGGGAUCAGUCGAAUAAUAUUGAAGAUCCAGCGGUUGGAAGAGCCGAGGUCCGUGAUACGGAAGGAGCUUCCAAGGACGGCGACGCGGGCGGCGUCGUCACGGAACAAAGCGACUCCCCUCCGAGCGAACAACCCGACGUACCCGCCGAGGAGCCCCGUGAGGUCCUGUCCGCAGCUUCGGCCAGAGAAGAGCCCAAAACCAUAACCGAAGUCAUAAACAAGAUCCACGACAAAACGGAAACGAACCAGACGGGCAACGAAUUCGUACGAACCGUCGAAACCGAACAAGAGAGGACCCUCGCUGAAGACGGUACCACCAUCAUCAGCCGGUCGACAAAGACCACGACAACGACUGUCGACCGCGGCAGCGUCGGUAACGUGAGUCAGGUGAAAACCGAGAUCAAGAAAGAAGUGAUGCCGCGCGUCUCGAACGGCCACAGCCGACAUUUGUCGCAGCAAGCAGUCAGGAAACCGAACAUAUCGUUACUGUUUGUGUCCGGGCUCCUCGCCGUUGCUGUUGUGUGUGCGAUCCUCUACAAGUUGCAGAAUUCCGCGAUGCACCUCUCGGUUUGAUUACUCCAAGGGCGUGGGAGUCGAGAAAGAAUUGAGAAAAAACUAAGCGUUAGAUAUGGAGAAAAAAAAUAUGUAAUGGCUUACAGUGGCUCGUCGAUGCAGACUCGAAAGUGAAACGCUGUGUAAAUAAGAAUCAAUAAACUUCGGGACCAAGCAUUUUCGCAAUCGCCUGACGGAACAGUGAUAGUGGAACGAGGACGUACUAGAAGCGUACGAGAAUCACUUUAAUAUAUAUGAACAUAUAUUGAUCUUCGGAUUCAUAAUAAAAACAAACAGUUCCUUGCUA